AUGCAAAUGGAAAAAAUUGCACAGUUAACAUGCUGGCUUACACUAAAUCACAAACAGCAACAACAAGAACAAAUACCCGAAUUCGAUGAUGAAUUUAAAGAACGUUGGAAACAAGAAGAAGAAGAAGAUGAGUCAGACCACAAAGAACAAAAGCAAUCGCAAGAAUGUACAUAUGAAUGUUGCGCAUUUUUUACUGAUGAUCAAUGUGUUCGUCUUGGUUGUUGUCACAUAUUUCACGAGCACUGUGUAUUGGAAAGAUACUUCUGUAGUAUAUGUCAACUCAAACAGUGUCCAGUAUGUAAAACAAAAAUAACAGAACUGAAAUUCUUCACACUCAAAAUGUAA